CUCUUUUUAAAACUCUACCCCAUAUUAACAACCACUGAUCAAAGAACACCUCUGAAUCAAGGAAACUUGCAUGGAUGAGUUUCCAAGGUGUCCCUUAUUCAGCUGUUUGUAUUAUGUCCACAGGGAUUUGAGGAGGUUGAGGAGGCACUGGUGGGCAAGCUACUGACAGCUAUUCAGGAGAGCUGUCCUGAUUACCUCUGUCGCGAUCUGACGCUGGCAAACGUUAGCUUGACUUGUUCUGGGGAGACUGCUGGUGUUCUGACUGCCACUGCAAGUGGGAUUGGAGCCGAGAGAAACGUACUGUCUUUCCUCAGAUCAAUCAAUGAGGACAACCCUCCACUCAGACUCUCGUUAAACGGGACGUCGGUCGAAGUCAGCUCCGUCGUCAAUGAGGAGCAGAAAAACACCACACCUAAAUCCGACAGAUCAGUGCAGGAGAUUACCGGAUCCACUGUGGGGGUUGUCCUUCUGGUGCUACUGACACUUGUACUCUCUUACGCCGCCUGGCGUUGGAGGAAGUCUCAGGCCGCCACUAAGACCUCCAAAUACACUGAACCAUCCAAUGAGUCUGGUGCUGAUGCAAAGACUACCAGAGAGCCGGCUGAAACCACACCUCCUCGUCAGCCCUCUAGAGACCUUGGUUUGCAGGACACACGACGAGACGAGUCACCUCAACAAAGAAAUCUUCCUCUUCCUCCGUCUCCAAAUGGUUCACAGAGAUAUGAGACAAGAUUGCUGCAACUUCAGUCUCCACUACCGACUAAGAAAUCUCUUCACCACUCCCACCUCACACCCUCCCUCCACUCACACCACCAGCGCUCUCAGCUCACAAUGAGUCAAGCUGCAAACCUUGCUCAAAUGGGCAAUCUAGAAGACACCUCUUCUGUGGACACUUCUCCCUACGCACCUCAUUCGGAGAUCAGCUUUGUGCUGACUGGCUCCACCUCAGUCUCUAACCGCCCCCUCACCCCCCUCUCCUCAAAGAAUUAUGGAGAGAGUCCACUGCCUUCGUCCCAGAGUGUGGCCGGGUACCGAUCUCGCCGUAAUCUCUCCCUCCCUCUGUCGAGGACCAGCGACACUGCACACAGGACGACCCCGUGCACAUGCUCUUGUCAUUCUCGCGAGUCGACCCCCCUCCCCUCCCCCUCCCUCUCGGGGGGUGUCCCCUUUCAUCAGAGAGGGUCUCCCAUGCGUCGAUCAAGGACAGCAUCUCCGCUUCUCUCACCCUGGCUCUCAGCUCAGACGAAUAACAGAGCUGCAAGUCCAUGGUCGAAGCCCCGCCUCCAUCUCCCCCGGCGACUCGGAGCUUCGGAAUCCCCAGUUUAA